UUCUCCAGCAAGAACUAAGAAGUAUGACGAUGCUGCUGUUGCUGACGACUGUAGUGGCUGCUGCUCUGGUGGCGUCUGUUGCCAACGGGAUGUGUCUGCCCUACGUAGAACUUGAGACUACAACAACUUUCAGCUACCAAUCCCUCCACAAACAGGGCGUUGAUUUGGCUCCUGGCGCCACGUCAUUCAAGUUCAAGGUCCGCGCGGCAAACGAUGCUCACGUGGCCUUGCUGCAGGAUGAUGGGGUAACCAAUCAGAACCUAUAUGAGGUGGUGAUUGGAGGAUGGAACAACACCCGAUCAGCUAUCAGGGCAGGGGUGCAACACAAUAGCAGAGUAGAAGCUCGCCACACACCACUGAGUGCAGACCAGUUCCGUGAUUUCUGGAUUUCCUGGGGGAAUGGCGUGAUCUCUGUUGGAUCGGGGAUGGAAGUCGGAGUUGGGAAGUUCAUGAACUGGACGGACCCCUCCCCUCAUGCCAUAAAGUACAUCGCUGUGUCUACUGGAUGGGGGUCAACGGGACUGUGGAGGUUUUCCCCGUCGUCUGUUGUACCACUUGCAACAAACACAGUUUACAAAUACCAGUCGCUUCAUGAUCUUGGUGUAAACUUGGCGCCUGAUGCCACGUCAUUCACGUUCAAGGUCCGCGCGGAAAACGAUGCUUUCGUGGCCCUGCUGCAGGAGGAUGGGGUAACCAAUCAGAACAUAUACGAGGUAUUGAUUGGCGGAUGGCACAACACCCGAUCAGUUAUCAGAACAGGCAAGCAGUUCAACAGCAGAGUUGAAGCUCGCCACACACCACUGAGUUCAACCCAGUUCCGUGAUUUCUGGAUUUCUUGGGAGGAUGGUGUGAUCUCUGUUGGGGCGGGGAAGGUGGUCGGAGUUGAGAUGUUCAUGACGUGGACGGAUCCCACACCUCACCCUGUCAACUACAUCGCUGUGUCUACUGGAUGGGGGUCAACGGGUCUGUGGGAGUUUUACGGCAGCCCUCCAGUAGUUUGUCUGUCAACGGCAAACGACUACCGCUACCAUUCCGUUGACGACCUCGGCGUUCACCUCAAUGGACGAACAUCCUUCACCUUCUGGGUAAAGGCCACCAAUGACGCUCUCAUCGCGUUACUUCGCAACAAAAACGACUACGAUCAAGACAUAUACGAAAUCGUCAUCGGGGGCUGGGAAAAUAGCAAGUCUGUCAUCAGAGAGAAGAAGCAAGGCCCAAUCCUGGCGCAUGUGGACCACGUUCCACUAUCAGGGAACAAGCACCUGCCCUUCUGGAUCAGCUUCAGCGAUGGCACAAUCGCCGUGGGUGCUGGCACAGAGGUCGGGACACGUCAGUUCAUGUCGUGGAAAGACCCAACUCCAACACAGAUCGGAUAUGUCGGCGUCGCAACUGGAUGGGGGGCCACUGGGCAAUGGCUUUUCCCUAAGAAUAUGGCCUAAGGAAUUCAAGCUUAAACCAAAACUUUUGGUCGUCAGUGGAACCUAUAUAGUGUUAAAAAUAAUUCCAAUCUUUUUUUGCUUACUUUCAACAGUAAACUCGAUGUGUCUUACACAACCAUUAAAUUAAAUACCAUUGUCUCUGUCUGUUGAUCUGGCUUAUCUUUCUACAAUGUCUGGCUGUCACAGCCACGAGUGUCGAAACGGUUUUGAUAUAUUUAGAUUUGUAUCUUUCAUAUGAUGAAACUAUUGCAACUGUUGUUUACAUGGGAGAACCAAAUACCUGUCUCCGCCCGAUGGAAGGGAUCACAGCAAGUGAGGAUCAUAUUCAAGUGAAAAUAUAUGAAUAAUGAACAUUUUUCAUAACAGUUAGAAGAAUUCAAUUUGUCGUUGCUAAUUCUGGCUUACAAGCUUUACAAACAUUUAUGUUUCAUCUGAUAUAAAUUCAAUAAUUAAUACCAAGGCUGCAAUAUAUUCAGUUUAUUCUCUGUAAUCUCUUUCGUUGAACGUUAUUUACAAUAUAUACACUGUAUAAUGUUUUGC